UGCCCCCGUAGCCGGCAUCAUUCCUUGAGGUGAGAGAAUGACAACAGCAGGGAGCAGGCCAGAGCCACAGAGGCGAGUUAGACUUGAUUUCUACCUUGUCUGGAAUAUCAUAGUCGUCUUAUCACUCAUCGGUAUGUUCAUCUAUCUGAUAUUCUUUUUCAAAUAACAGACAAGCGACCAUUACACUAGAGGCAGGUUGACAUUGAUCUAUGAAAAGUAUGUUUUGGUGGGUGAUGUUAUGGUGACACUUGCCAGGUGGAGCUCCACCUAAGCACAGCUGUUCUUGCUUCAACUGUUGCCUAUAAUCUGUGUGACACAUCACUGGGACGAACCUCACAUCAACUUAAGUUUUGUACCCAGUCAGUAAUUUGAAUGACAGUUCACCUGGUAUAUUAAACUAUACUGUACUAAUAUGAGUACCUCUCUUGCAUUGAAAAACUAGUUGAGGUACGGUACCUAUAUUUACUUAUUUAUAUGAAUUAAGUAAAGGCAAAUAGAGAAAAUGGAAGAGUCAACACAGAAGGAGCUUCAUGCAGCAUACUUGUGUGUGAAACCCACAGUGGCUGAGGACCUGACAAGUUGUGAAGAAUUGAAGCGAGCACUGCAGUAUGCAGGUCUUAACCCAACACCUUCUUUCUUGGCUAAAUACUGGCAAGAGGGUGAGACUGAAAGCCUUACUUAUGAAGUUUUUUGCAGAUUAACAGAACAGCUACCAGAAAUUGUCAUUGAUGACAUGGAAACAUUGUUCAUGAAAGUGUUUGGGACAGCAGAUGGCAAGGUUGGAGAGAAUGAUUUUAGAAAUAUGUUAACAUCAGGUGAUCAUGGUAGAGACCUCAGUGAUGCUGAUCUUGAUUAUGUUCUUCAAGAAGCUGGUAUUGUUGCAGAUGGGGUCGUUGACUGUAGUAGGUUAUGCAAGGUGAUUCUCCAUACUGUUAAUGAAAUGAAACAACUGAGUUUGCAAAAGCUAGAAGAACGUUCAAACUUCCAGCGGAUCAACUCCAAAACAUUCACGAGAAAGAAACGGGAGCAGUACUCAAACCCAGACAGCAGCUUAACCCAGGCCUCAUCACAACACCCCAGCUUAAUAUUGGACGGCUGGAAUGAAGCUAGUCUAAAGGGAUGUUUUUAUUUAGACAAGCAGAGUGUUCUUGCUCAUCAGUACUGCAUGGAGAUAUCAUGUAUGGGCCCAACGGUUGUUAAGGUCAGGCCGAAGAAUUAUAUGCAGCAAGAGGCAGGAAGAGGACCUGUAGACACACUGGCAUAUAUUUUCCGUGAAUCACCGGAAGGGAUGCGUAACUAUAUUGGUUUCACAGACCAAAAAGAUAGUGAUGGAUCAUUCUUCUGGCGAGAUACAUUAAAAGAAGGACGCUACGUUGUUAUACCCUAUACAAGUGGAUGUCGACUUCAAGAACGAGUGCACGAACCAGAAGGUUACAUAGAGCUUGUUGAAAACCAGGGUAAGGUGCAGCUGACUCCUGAGUUCCGAUUAGUUCUGGAAGAAGUAUUUGAUCAGGUAGACCUAGACAGUAAUGAUCGUCUUAGCCGGCAGGAAUUUAACUUGUAUAACUGGCGCACUUCAGGGGAGGAAGUUCAAGAUGAUGAGUGGUCCGUAGUGCAAAAUAACUUUGACGUACUGGAUGGUGAGUUAACACUUAAUGGAUUUUUAGCAUUACACCAACUUGAAGCAGAGGAUAAUGGUGGAGACUCGGAGGACCUAUGGGUGUCGCUGGAGGCCAUGGGAUACAAUCGACUAGGGAGACAGGAUCGGGCGGCACCAUUUACAAUAAGUGUGCACAGCCAUGUUUGUCAACCAAAUCUUCAGGUUUCAGGACUUAAAAGUGGUGGACUACUUUUGGACAAAGCAGUUGUGAGAUCAAUAAUGGAAAAUGCAGAACCCAUCAAGAUAAAGAACAUGAUAGACCUUAUAAAAUAUGAGUAUGUCGGGGAACAUCGAGCAAGUAUUGUGAUUCAGAACAAGGCGCACAGCAAAGUGACUGUUCGUGUGGAUUGUAGUCGCAGUGCCAAUGUGAUCACCAACAGGCCCAGUCUGGAUUGGACAGUUGAUGUAGCUGGAAAGUCUGCCAUUAUUGCCCACCAGUUGCUGCCAAUGAGACUUGGAGAAGAUUGGAAUGUGGUGUGUGACGCUGUUGCUAAAAACGACUUGGCUGAAGAAGAGGAAUAAACAAAUCAAUCAGUUACAAGUCCCAUUUCCUAAGAAACAUGAGUGGGAAGACAAUAUUCGUGACUGUUGGUACUACUCACUUCGAUGCUUUAAUUCAAGCGAUUGUUGAGGAAGAAACAUUGGCUAUUUUACGAGAAAAA